AUGUUUGUCGGUUUUUUUGUAUGGUUUAGCAUUUUUUUGAGUGUUAGCGCGGGACCGGUGAAGCAAGAAUGGAAAUUGCAUAUUGUGCAUACUAACGAUAUGCACUCGAGAUUUGAGGAGACUUCUGCAUUAUCCACGCGAUGCAUGCCAAAAGACAGGGAAAGCGGGCAUUGUUACGGAGGGUUCGCGCGGCUAGCGACACUAGUGCGGAAAGCGAAGAAUUCCAGCACGCCGACGCUGUUUCUGAACGCCGGGGACACCUACCAGGGCUCGGUGUACUACACGGUUCACAAGUGGAAGAUCGUCGCCAAGUUUCUGAACCUGUUGAUGCCAGACGCAAUCUCGCUGGGGAACCACGAGUUUGACGACGGGCCCGAGGGCUUGGUGCCGUUUGUGAAUGCAGCAGAGUUCCCGAUUGUUACGAGUAACAUCGAUCUCACUGAAGAACCAGAGCUGGCAGCUGCGACGAACCUGAUUAAUAACAGCACUAUACUUGAGGUUGAUGGUAAAAGGGUUGGUAUUAUAGGGUACCUCACACCCGAGACGAAGGUAAUCUCCUCACCAGGUAAGGUCGUUUUCCUUGAUGAGGUCCAGUCCAUCAGGCGGGAAGUUGAGAAACUGAGAGCCAAGAACGUCACAAUAAUAAUAGCGCUUGGCCACUCGGGCUUCGAUAUUGACAAAAAAAUAGCUGCUGAAGUUGACGGCGUCGAUUUGGUAAUCGGCGGUCAUACUAACACUUUCCUCUACACCGGAAGAAAGCCUGACUUGGAGGCACCAGAGGGACUCUACCCCACGGAGGUUAUUCAGAAAAAUGGACGUAAGGUUUACGUCGUCCAGGCGUACGCCUACACAAAGUAUCUCGGAAAUCUAUCGGUUACUUUCGACGCCGAUGGUGAAGUUACUAACAUCAUCGGCAACCCUAUUCUGGUGACAAAUGACAUCGAACAAGCGUCUGAUAUUAUUCAAGAACUGGAGCUGUGGAAAAAGGAAACAGAAAACUUUACACGCAUGGAAGUCGGGUUCUCAAAAGUCUUGCUAGAUGGCAAUGAUAAGAAUUGUCGUCGUGGUGAAUGCAACCUCGGUAACGUCGUUGUUGACGCCAUGGUUGAAUACAACGCCAGAGAAUACGCCGGUCUAGAAGGAUGGACUGAUGCAGCUGUUGCCAUUCACAACAGUGGCUCCGUAAGAACUUCGAUAAACAAAUCACCUGACGCACCAAUAACAGUUAGUGACAUAAUUGCAGUAUUGCCUUUUAAUAAUGCAGUAGGAAAAAUACAGGUUACAGGAAAAAUUAUUAUUGAUAUGCUUGAACACAGUGUUCAUACGCUUGAACCAAACGACACUAGUAACCUUUCUGGACGGUUUUUACACUUCUCGGGCUUACAGGUCGUCUAUAAUUUGUUCAAACCUCGUGGUUCAAGAGUAGUGCGUAACUCAGUAUUAAUACGUUGCUCAAAAUGUCGAAUUCCGCAGUACUACAAACUACAAGAAGAUGAAACAUACACAGUAUUAAUAACAGACUUCAUUUAUCAUGGUGGAGAUGGUUACGAUAUGUUGGACAAAUUAACGUGGGAGCCUCUUGGAGUUACAACAGAUCAAAUCCUUGUCGAUUACAUAAAAAGACGGAGUCCAAUACACGCAGGAGUUGAAUGGAGAAUAAGUUUCAUUGAACUAAGUGAAAACCUGAGCGGCAGUGCACACCGCAUCUACACGCAAAAAAUGUUGAUACUGCCAAUUUCGCUGGGGAACCACGAGUUUGACGACGGGCCCGAGGGCUUGGUGCCGUUUGUGAAUGCAGCAGAGUUCCCGAUUGUUACGAGUAACAUCGAUCUCACUGGAGAACCGGAGCUGGCAGCGGCGACGAACCUGAUUAACAGCACUGUGCUUGAGGUUGAUGGUAAAAGAGUUGGUAUUAUAGGAUACCUCACACCCGAGACGAAGGUAAUCUCCUCACCAGGUAAGGUCGUUUUCCUUGAUGAGGUCCAGUCCAUCAGGCGGGAAGUUGACAAACUGAGAGCCAACAACGUCACAAUAAUAAUAGCGCUUGGCCACUCGGGCUUCGAUAUUGACAAAAAAAUAGCCACUGAAGUUGACGGCGUCGACUUGGUAAUCGGCGGCCAUACUAACACUUUCCUCUUCACCGGAAUAAAGCCUGACUUAGAGGCACCAGAGGGACUCUACCCCACGGAGGUUAUUCAGGAAAAUGGACGCAAGGUUUACGUCGUCCAGGCGUACGCCUACACAAAGUAUCUCGGAAAUCUAUCGGUUACUUUCGACGCCGAUGGUGAAGUUACUAACAUUAUCGGCAACCCUAUUCUGGUGACAAACGACAUCGAACAAGCGUCUGAUAUUCUUCAAGAACUAGAAGCUUGGCGGCCCAAUUCCGACAUGCUAUCCAACAUAUCUUUGGGCUUCACCAAAGUCUUCCUUGAUGGUGACAAGAAACGGUGUCGCAGUCGCGAAUGCAACCUUGGCAAUCUGAUCACCGAGGCUAUGGUUGACUAUAAUGCAAAGCAGUAUUUCGGCCCGUUUGGUUGGACCGACUCUUCCAUUGCCGUUAUCAACAGUGGGGUUAUCAGAAAGUCGAUCAACAAAGCUCUGGAUAAUCCAGUCACAAUGAAGGAUGUAUUAGAUGUCCUUCCGUUUUGCCACUCGAUGGUAAAAGUACAAUUGACGGGUAGUGGCAUAUUCGAAAUGCUUGAGCACAGUGUAGACGGAUUAGUUUGUACAAAAGUUUGUCUAAUCACCGGCCGAUUUCUGCAGUUUUCAGGUCUCACUGUAAUAUACAACAUAUCCCAGCCACGAGGCAGCAGAGUUGUGCGUGAUUCAGUAUUUGUGCUUUGUUCAAAUUGUCGCACUCCUGCUUAUGAAGUGGUAGAAAGCAAUAAAACAUACACUAUACUUACGACAGAUUAUUUACAGAGUGGGGGUGAUGGUUAUAAGAUGCUGAAGAAUUUAACGUGGAUUAAUACAGGGACAACGAUGGACCAAAUCAUAGCUAAUUAUUUAGUUACUAAAAGUCCAGUUUAUCCAAUAAUAAAUAACAAAAUAAUGUUUUUUGUCAAUGAACCUAACCGCAGUUCUUCGAACUUACAUAAUUACAGACUUAUUGUUAGUUUAUUAAUUAUCAUCGCUUACAUGACUAAUUGUAAAUAA